AUGCAGAGGCAUUUAAAUUGCAAAAGUUUAACAAUUGUUCGUCACUCAGGCCUGGCUGGCAACGUGGGGAGGGAGUUCGACGGCGAUGAUGGCUGGGUGAUAUACUACGCACCAACAACCACAACACUCGCUUACAACACCAUCACUGACGGCACUCACAACAAAAUAAAAAACUCAAACAUCAACCGCAACAACGUUAGCGACGCCAUAACCACCAACGACCACAAAAACGACAACGGCGGCAAAGUAGACCACAACAAAAACAACGACAACAAUAUAAACCCCGACAACGCAGAAGACGGCAGAGAUAAAUACAAAAAAAUGAAAAAAGAGAAAAAAAUAUCGAAAUACAAAAAUUUCGAGAUUGCAAUGACCUUUGAAAACGCUCAAGGACACUGCAAGAACCUCGGUGGCCAUUUGGCGCACAUUCAAACUAUAAGAGAGCAGGUAUUCGUGGAAGAUUACUUGCGUCACCGACUCGAAAGAAUAAACAGAGAUGCCUUAGCGACAAACGUGGGGUACUGGAUAGGUGGGAGGCGCGCGCGGGGCAGCCACGGAGCGACCUGCAUGUACGACCAGUGGAAGUGGGUGGACGUUCACAACAGGGAGAUGGGCACCAUAUCCGGAUUCACCGCUUUUGCAAAGGGGCGACCGGACAAGUUGGUGUUUCACGUUAUGGGGUUUGGUUGCUGUGGUGUAGAAACUUGA